AUCCUUGUUCGCGCUCAGGUUAGCCGCAUCUGCUCUUAACUGCUCAACGAUACCCACAAGCAAGCAUACGCGCAUCGCCUCCCUCCAAAGCAAAAAACAACGAUAACUCUGUACGAACAUCGCCCGACAUGUCUUCCUCAAUCAAGAUCACCAGCCUGUUGGCCCUGGCCUCGAGCGUGGCCGCCGUCCCUCACUUCCAGCACCAGAAGUUCCACCACCGUGCUGCCGCCUACCCGACUGGCGGCUGGGGUGGCGCCCACAACGCCUCCAUGAUUGCCACUCCUUCGGGAACCGCUGUCUACCCCGACGACAAGACGACUACCAUUCGCACCACGUCCACCACCACGUCGACUGUCUACGAGACCAUCCAUGCCAAGCCCUCGGCCAAGCCCUCUCUCGGUGCUGGCCAGGCCAACGUCGACAAUGUCUCCUCCUCCAGCGUCUGCGGCGGCGUCGUCACCGUGACUGAGAAGCAAAAGGUCACCGUCACCAUCACUCCUGGAGCCCCUGGAGGUGGUGCUGCUGCUCCUCCCACGUCCUCUCCCGCUGCCGCUGCCUCGAAGCCUGCUGGCGGCAACGGAUACCCAGUCGCUUCUCCUCCUGCCCCCAAGGAGACUCCCGCCAAGUCUUCCCCUGCUGGAUACCCGGCCAACAUUCCCGUCAAGACUCCUGUUGUCCAGUACCCAGCCGAGACUCCCAAGCCUGCCCCCUCCCAGCCUGCUCCAUCUCAGCCCGCUGCCGAGAAGCCCGUCCCCUCGGCGCCUGCUCCCUCCAAGCCUGCUGAGACGCCCGUCUACAGCCCUUCGGAGACGCCCAAGGCUAGCAGCACGGCGCCCUCUUCCUCGGCUGCCCCCAAGCCCACUCCUGGAAACAGCUACUCUGGCGCUAAGCGUGGUCUUGCUUACAACGACGCUGCCCUCUGCUCCACCCUGGGCAGCAACUUUGGCUUCGGUUACAACUGGGGCCAGGUUGAGAACAACGACAUUGGCACCAUGUUCGUCCCCAUGAUGCACAAGCCCAGCGACUCUACCCCCGAGGACUGGCUCGCCAACGUCGACAAGGCCGUCAAGAAGGGUACCACGGCCGUCAUGGGAUUCAACGAGUGCGACAUUGCCUCGCAGUGCAACCUGAGCCCCGAAGCCGCCUGCACGGCCUGGAAGUCGUACAUGAACCCCAUCAAGUCGGCCCACCCCGACGUGACCAUCAUCGGCCCCUCCGUCUCCAACGGCCAGGCCCCGCUUGGUCUCGACUGGCUGAGCCGCUUCCACUCGAGCUGCCCCGACGCCAUUGUCGACGCAGUCAACAUCCACUUCUACGACAUCUACGACGACAAGACGAUUGACCGCUUCACCGCCCACGUGGAGAAGGCCGCAGAGGUCUACGGCAUGAAGGUUUUUGUCACCGAGUUUGGUCUCAACUCGGGCACCGCUACCCAGGACCAGGCCGCUUCCUUCCUCAAGCAGUGCAUGGACUACCUUGAUGCUUCCGACAAGGUCUCGGGUUACUCAUGGUUUAUGGUUGGCACCGGCGAGAACCAGCUUAACGUUGGUACUGGCCUUUCUCCUGUUGGCAAGGUCUACGCCGGCCAGGCUUAAGUAGAUGUACCCUUUGAAAUAUUGAUAAAUUCUAUUUUACUAGUCUUACUCUUCUUUCUACCCACUUUUCAAUCAACAUUUUACUCUCUUAUCUUUUUUUUUCUUUUUUCUCUCUUGGACGGUUUUCUCUGGUGACGCUGGUACGAACACACACAUGCAUGCAUACAUAUAUACCUACAUAACUA